UACUUUGUACUUUGGCUUGGUCGGCAUCAGUCAACACUCCUUUACGCACGCACUGCUCGUCAACGCCGACAAGAUUAACAAUAAUAGAUCUACAGUAAAUUUACUUUUGUUUCACAGUUUCAUCGUCACCUAGAUUUAGAUCUACUGAUAUUGUCCUGUCCAGAUUCAUUUGUAGUCUCAAUCAAAUAUGUCGUCUGGGAACAGUUUAGAAGAGCUGAGGCUCGACCUGAAAGAAUAUGAGUCCCUUCGCGCAACCGCUACUCGUAAACGUGUCCAGACGGUGCUAGACAGAGAAAUUGACCAGCUGAAGAGAGAAGUGCUCACUAUGGAGAGGGUGGCAGCUCAGAACUUGGCGGCGAAGGAGGCCAGCGAGGCUAAGUCGAACAAACCAGAACAGACAACAGUGUACCAGGAGAACAUCACAAACUACGCGUGGGACCAGUCCGACAAGUUCAUGAAGCUUUACCUGACACUGGAUAACCUUGCUGCUGUCUCUGCUGACGGUUUACAAGGCAGCUUUACAGACAAGUCUCUGACUGUGAAGGUUCGGUUCCCCAACAAGGUCUCCCAACUACACAUCAGUCGUCUAUGUGAAGAAAUUGUUCCCAAAGACUGUUAUUGCAAGAAAAAGUCAGAUUAUGUCUUGGUGAUGCUUAAGAAAGCUGAGGCAGCCAAAACGUGGCCAUGGGUAACGGAACGAGAGAAAAAGACAAAAGAAAGUGCCAAGCCCAAGUUUGACGAGAGUGAAGAUCCAAGCGCGGGCAUCACCAAACUGCUGAAGAACAUGUAUGACGACGGCGACGACGAGAUGAAGAGGAACAUCUCCAAGGCCUUCUACGAGUCCCAGAUGAAACAGGGGUCGGGCGAGGACGGAAUGCCUUCAUUACCUGGAUUUUGAGGACCGUCUCAGAUCAAAAUGUCCCGCUGCAGUCAUUGUUAGGGGUAGCGUACCCACUAUUUUAGAUAUUUCAAAAUUUAGGGGUACCCACUAUUUUGGAAAAUUCAAAUUUUUAAAAAAAUAUGGGAGAGGGUGAUUCAGACUUUUGAUUUUGUGUGUCUUAUGGUAUUAAUAAUAAUAAUAUGUCUGGUGGGAUUUUUUUAAAAAUUGAGUGCACAACAAGUACAGACCAGCAAUUCCUGUGAAUUUUGCAGGAUUUUCCACAAUCUUCUUUGAACUGGAUGCACCAACUUAAGGAACAUUUUUUCUAGUUCUGCCAUGAUUGUUUUUGUUAUUAAGAAUUUCUUUUUUUGGUUGGUAGGGGUUUGUUCUGAGGUUGUUUUUUUUUCAGUGUAUAUGUGUUUUAUCUUUCAUUUUUAUUCCUUAUGUAUGCUUAUGGAACUUCCAGGAUUAACCCGUCUUUUGUUCUCACAUUCUUUACUGUCAGUAAGAUUACUCAACUGGGCCAAUUUUCCACUCAGAUAUGUUGCCUGUUUCUGUUUCGCAACUGCUAAAACUCAGUCACUUGAAAAUGCACAGAGACCUUAUAAGUAUCUUAUUCCUGACUGUCUUUUUGACCAUUAUGAAAAUGGAGUGAAAUGAGCCUUUUUUUUUUUUUUUUUGCGCCAAUUUUUUUUUAUUUGCUAAUGGAAAGCGUGAUCAGUUACCCUUCUUGUGUGAAAAAAUCAAAGUGAAACUGUGACUAGUUUAUGAAUAAAUUAGUAUUAGAAUUUCGAAAGAGAUCCUUUUUUAAAUGAUUACACUGACAAAAUACAAAAGUCUUUAUCUCGAAACUGCCAUGAAAAAACAAAGGCGUUUUUGUCGGCUUACAGCAGUGUAGGACUUAUCACCUCCCUGACAUAGUGUGGGUGGUUGGCAGGUGCUCUGGUCUGGUUUGCUCCUUCGUUCCUAUCAAACAUCUAUUGUCGUGUAUCUCUCGUCCAUCUUUAUUUAUGUUUGUUACUCUUUUGUAACACCUCUAAUCUGCGGCACUGAUAUGCCAAAACCGCCCUUUUUCCUGAAGUAUCUCUACAUUUAGAUUGUGUCGAGGAGGGUGUUGGACAUUUCUCAUCUUUGCUGUCCCUUCUAGUGUGCAUAAUAUGAAAGUGACCAAAGUACGAAGUGUAAGGUGUACAUUUUUAAAUCUGUUUUCUUGUCAUCAUCAAGUGCCAGGUCUGUCAGAGACAUCAGCGAUCAAA